CUGCUAGCCUGAACCACGCCCAUAGAAGGGUGUCAGGAUGGUGGAGGGGCAGAAAUCAUGGAGCAUGAGGAAACUUGGCUGCAAGAGAGGAGACCUAGGAUGAUGUGAGCACUGUGCCCACCCCCGACACCCACUCUAUGGGAGAGGAUGUGGCAGGCCCAGGGGUGGGAUGAGAGCAAAAGGUGGUGGCUCUGAGCACGCUAAUUUUUGCUGGGAGUGAAGGGCAUCUUUCCAGCCAUUGCAGCUAAUUCCUGGAGAAACUGUCCCCACUGCCAUGGAAAUGACUAGCAGAGGUUUUCCAACUCCUUUUGACUCGAACCACAGGAAGAAUUACAUUUUACUGUGAUCCUGUGCACACUUAGGAAAAGUUGAAACAGGUUUCCCAAAGCUUGCUUAUCCUUUCUGUGAUCAUUGCACUUUGAUAUUGUCUAUUCUGUUUCUUUUUUAAUGCUGAUGGGGAUCCAGUAAAUUGAUUUCAGGACCCACUGAGGGGUCUGCAUUUUGAUACCCCUGGUCCCCGCAGAACUGAGCUCCCCCUCUGGGGAUCUUAGGAGCUAGGAGGACUAGGGGUGAGUGCCUCUGGGAUUCUCGUCCAGCCUGAGGGAGUCCUCUCCCCGGCACGUGCAGGUUGUGUGUACGUUAAAUCCUAUUAUCCCACUUAAGCUAAUCUUGCCCCGCGCUCCCACCCGAGGUUCGGCUUCGCGUGGACAGAAUUGUAGACUAAGCGCCGAGCCUGCAGUGAACGGCGGCCAAGCCCUAAAGUGGGCUGUCCCAUGCAGAAAUGAGACUCAGAAGUACCGAGCCCCGGCGUCAGCACGAGCUCGGCCGAGUUCAUUGGUCAUGGACAAGUCCGGAGGCGGGGGUCCGCCGAGCGACUUCGGGGCCGGACUUCGGGGCGGAGCCGCCGCUCGAGAGUCAAGUUGAGCCACCUGAGCCGGAGGACGCCGCCGCUCCCGCUGUCCGAGUCAGGCGCGCCGCGAUGGGCCAGGGGAGCCGGCCGGCCGCCCUGCCGCACCGGCCGCCACUCCUGCUGCUGCUCCUGCUGCUGCUGCCGCCGCCGCCUCCGACGCGGGCGCUCGCCCCUCGGAUCAGCCUGCCGCUGGGCUCUGAAGAGCGGCCAUUUCUCAGAUUUGAAGCUGAAAACAUCUCCAACUACACGGCCCUUCUGCUGAGCAGGGAUGGCAAGACUCUGUAUGUGGGUGCCCGAGAGGCCCUCUUUGCGCUCAACAGCAGCAGCAGCUUCCUGCCAGGUGGAGGGUACCAGCAGCUGCUGUGGAGCGCAGAUGCGGAGAGGAAACAGCAAUGCAGCUUCAAGGGCAAGGACCCGCAGCGUGACUGUCAAAACUAUGUCAAGAUCCUCCUGCCACUCAACAGCAGCCACCUGUUCACCUGUGGCACAGCGGCCUUCAGCCCCGUGUGUACCUACAUCAGCAUGGAGAACUUCACUCUGGCGCAGGACGAGGCGGGGAACAUCUUCCUGGAAGAUGGCAAGGGCCGCUGUCCCUUUGACCCCAAUUUCAAGUCCACAGCCCUGGUGGUUGAUGGCGAGCUCUACACUGGAACAGUCAGCAGCUUCCAAGGGAAUGACCCGGCAAUCUCCCGGAGCCAAAGCCUCCGCCCCACCAAGACCGAGAGCUCCCUCAACUGGCUACAAGACCCAGCGUUUGUGGCUUCGGCCUACAUUCCCGAGAGCCUGGGCAGCUUGCAAGGGGACGACGACAAGAUCUACUUCUUCUUCAGCGAGACUGGCCAGGAGUUUGAGUUCUUUGAGAACACCAUCGUGUCCCGCAUCGCCCGCAUCUGCAAGGGUGAUGAGGGUGGCGAGCGGGUCCUGCAGCAGCGCUGGACGUCCUUCCUGAAGGCCCAGCUGCUGUGCUCACGGCCUGACGACGGCUUCCCAUUCAACGUGCUGCAGGAUGUCUUCACCCUGAGCCCCAGCCCCCAGGACUGGCGUGACACCCUUUUCUAUGGGGUCUUCACUUCCCAGUGGCACAGGGGGACCACAGAGGGCUCUGCCAUCUGUGUCUUCACUAUGAAGGAUGUGCAGAGGGCCUUCGAUGGCCUCUACAAGGAGGUGAACCGUGAGACGCAGCAGUGGUACACCGUGACCCACCUGGUGCCCACACCCCGUCCUGGGGCGUGCAUCACCAACAGUGCCCGGGAGAGGAAGAUCAGCUCGUCCCUGCAGCUCCCCGACCGUGUGCUGAACUUCCUCAAGGACCACUUCCUGAUGGAUGGGCAGGUCCGCAGCCAGCUGCUGCUGCUGCAGCCUGAGACCCGCUACCAGCGCAUGGCUGUACACCGUGUCCCUGGCCUGCACCGCACCUAUGAUGUCCUCUUCCUGGGCACCGGUGAUGGCCGGCUGCACAAGGCAGUGGGCGUGGGCCCCAGGAUGCACAUCAUCGAGGAGCUCCAGAUCUUCUCACCAGGACAGCCUGUGCAGAACCUGCUCCUGGACACCGACAGGGGACUGUUGUAUGCUGCCUCACACUCGGGUGUAGUCCAGGUGCCCAUGGCCAACUGCAGCCUGUACCAGAGCUGUGGGGACUGCCUACUCGCCCGGGACCCCUACUGCGCUUGGAGUGGCUCCAGCUGCAGGCACACCAGCCUCUACCAGCCUGAUGUGGCCUCCAGGCCAUGGAUCCAGGACAUCGAGGGGGCUAACGCCAGGGACCUCUGCAACACCUCCUCGGCCAGGCCCCGGUCUUCUGCACCAGCAGGCGAGAAGCCAUGUGAGCAAGUCCAGUUCCAGCCCAACACGGUGAACACCUUGACCUGCCCCCUUCUCUCCAACCUGGCGGCCCGGCUCUGGCUGCACAAUGGGGCCCCUGUCAAUGCCUCAGCCUCCCGCCGUGUGUUGCCCACUGGGGACCUGCUGCUGGUGGGCAGCCAGCAGGAGCUGGGGGUGUUCGAGUGCUGGUCGCUGGAGGAGGGCUUCCGGCAGUUAGUAACCAGCUACUGCCCAAAGGUGGUAGAGGAGGUGGCAGACCGAGGGGACCACAGUGGCAGCGUGCCUGUCAUUAUCAACACGUCGCGGGUGAGUGCUCCAGCCAGCGACGAGGUCAGCUGGGGUGAGGACAAGUCCUACUGGACCGAGUUCCUGGUGAUGUGCACGCUGUUUGUGUUCGCCGUGGUGCUCCUAAUUUUAUUCUUCCUGUACCGGCACCGGGGUGGCAUGAAAGUCUUCCUGAAGCAGGGGGAGUGUGCCAGUGUGCACCCCAAGACCCGCCCUGUGGUGCUGCCACCUGAGACCCGGCCACUCAACGGCAUGGGCCCCCCUAGCACCCCACUUGAUCACCGAGGCUAUCAAGCCCUGUCAGAUAGCCCCCCAGAGCCCCGGGUCUUCACUGAGUCAGAGAAGAGGCCACUCAGCAUCCAGGACAGCUUCGUGGAGGUGUCCCCGGUGUGCCCCCGGCCCCGGGUCCGCCUGGGCUCUGAGAUCCGGGACUCUGUGGUAUGAGAGC